CCCUAACCCAAAACGGCAAGCAAGCGGGCUGCCGAUCAUUCAUCACGACCCAAAAGUUUCUCAUCUCCAAUCCAUACAUUUCCAUACAAUUAAUCCUCCCCUACAAUGCCAACACAAACCUCCAAACCGCCUCCCCCUCCCACUACCACCAACAGCAAUGAAGCCGACAUAAUAUUCAACCGCGCCAACGUCGCGCUCGCCCGCAGCCAGCGGUUAGUCGCAUCAUGGCUACCACCGAAACCCGUCGAUGAUGACGGGAGCGCAGCGAAAAGCUCAGCUGAGACGCAGAGAUUAGAGGAUGAGAUGUUUACGGCUGUGCCGGAGAGGCUUGGUCUCGGCGCAGCACCCCCUAACGCCGACAAACCCUGGCUUCAGGCUGAUCUUAGCGCGAACGAUAAAUUGAGACAGCAGUUGUUGGGCAGGAAUUACAAGAAAGUACAGGAGCAGAAGCAGAAACAGGCGCAGGCGCAUGGCUCGGCGGCGAAGGAUCGAGGGGCCGGGAGGAAUAAUGAUGAUGAUAAUCUUGCUGGUGAAGAGGAGGAGGAUGAGGGCGAAGGGAGGUCAGCGGUUGGGAAGAGGAAGAAGCAGCAGCAGCAGGGUGAGAAAGGAAGGGGGUCGGUAGUUGUUCCUACGGAGGAGAGGAAGGAGGGGGAAGAUGUUGAGAGUCCGUCACUCGAAGAGCCAGAUACCAAAAAAUCGAAGAAAACGGCGGCGUCGAAACGGAAAGGAGCUGGUAGUUUUCUCGAUGAAUUGUUAUCUGAUAGGAAGAAGAAUCGGAAAAAAUAGAACAAUUAAAGAAGAUGAGA